AUCAAAUGUGAUCAGAGAGUUUUUAUAUUGGCGAAGCAGCAAUGCUCUCACAGACUUGCUAGGAAGAAUUCAUUCACUCAGCUUACAUUAGCACUGUACGGGAUAAAUAGCGAAAAAUUGGGUGUUGAUAAACACACACUAGCAGAGAGAAGGAACGAGUCAUACGACACUAGUAACUAUAUGUGUUCAUUAUAACAACAUUUACUUACAAAAAUACGUUCGCCGAAAGAAAUAGUUCCUAAAUCUAAACGCACAAAGUUUAAUUUUUAUUUUACAGGAACAGAUAAUUUUGGAUUAGAUGCCUUUAAUAAAGAGGGACUAAAUACCUGACAAACGCUCUCAAGACAUAUGAGAUGCUAUUCUAAUUGAUAAAAACACUUGCUUUUUAUCUAUAUUUCAUAAUUUGCUGGCUGUUCAAGUAUCCCGGAAACAACGUGAUAUUAUAGUUCAUGUGUGGUUUUGUUUUGUAUAUUGAUAAAACGUAGUGUCAAAAUUGGAAAUUUAACUGUAAAAAAAAACUGAGAAAAGAGACAGAUCAAAUAAAAGAACUGUUCAGUUAGAAACAAAGAUGGAUGUUAAAAGUAGUUUUCAUCUGGUGGUUGUAAUUCUAGCCUUUAAUAGGAUAUAUGGAGAUAUUACCUAUAAUGACGAGAAGAAGCAACGAGAGCUGCUGAUCCACAAAAAAAUCGAAUGUAUCAUUCUUAUGAACGUGACAGAAAAUAACAACUUCACAGAUAGUAUUUACUGCCCGCCAAUCUGGGACCGCAUCAUGUGCUGGCCACAAACAGAAGCUGGAAGAAUAGCAUCACAGCCGUGUCCAUAUUAUAUCAACAAAUUUAAAAGAAACGAGAUUGCAUUUAGGGAAUGUUUAUCCAACGGAACAUGGCUUGACCCGAGGCCAAACGGGCACUUAAAAAUUUGGGGAUGGACAAAUUAUAGUCGUUGCGUAGCUACCGAAAACAGAAGUUAUCCUAAAAGUGAAACAGUAGUUUCUCUCGUGACGAAACACCAGGACGCGUUCCGUCUGAUGUACAAUAUUGGCUAUUUUCUGUCGCUUGUGUCAUUGUUGCUGGCCAUCUUCAUAAUGUUGUUUUUCAGGAAGUUACACUGUGCAAGAAAUUACAUACAUAUGAACCUGUUUCUGUCGUUUAUACUUCGAGCAGCAGUGAGCGUUAUUAAAGAGAACGCAUGGGAACAUCAUCUUGGUUUUCCAUCAGAUGUCGAGACAUUGCCGAACGGAACUGUUGUUUACACAGAUGGUCCACACUGGGAAUGUCGGUUAUUUUUCACACUGUAUAAAUAUGUUCUGGUGGCAAGCUACAUGUGGAUUUUUAUGGAAGCAGUAUACAUUCAUAUGGUCAUUUUUGUUUCCGUAUUCACAGAGAAAACACGGGUGAUUUGGUACAUCAUUAUAGGCUGGGCCUUACCUUUACCAUUUGUGAUAUCAUGGGCCAUUUCCCGAGCAGUACUGGACAAUACAUAUUGCUGGCAUUUGUCGGAAAGUUACACUGGUAUAAUCUGGUUGAUACAGGCACCUGUCAUGAUUACUGUUAUUCUUAACUUUGUUUUCUUCAUAAACAUCGUGCGAGUUCUUCUAACAAAACUAAAUACUUUUCCAAAUUCAGAUACAAACAGAUACAGGACUUUAGCCAAAAGCAUUGUUGUUCUAAUACCGUUAUUUGGUGUUUAUUAUAUCUUGGUGGUUAUACCUACAAAACAAGUUGACACAACUACAUCAUUUAUAAUGCUUAUAAUUGAGAUGUUCUUCAAUUCAUACCAGGGACUGUUCAUCGCUAUAUUAUUAUGUUUUACCAACGCCGAGGUGAGAACAGAAAUAAGAAAGUCCUGGCACCGAUUCUCUUUACGUCGAAUGAGUACUGUUUCAAGAGCGAGUCAAAUGUAUCCGACAAAUACGUCAAGGUCAAUGAGUACAACUAGGUUAUCUGACGUCAGCAGAGUGAAUUCAGCGUUCAGACGCCGACAAAGCUCAGACGCUGAAAAUGAGCAGACGGUUCCAUUUACUAACACUCUCAUCACAAUAAACGACGACGAGAAUGAACAUGAUAAAACGAAAAUAGAAAAUAUAGAAAUAUGUAAUGCUACAAAAGCACCAGCUGAAAAUGGAUCAGCGCAGUUCAAUCCUGAUAAACUUAAACUGAAAAUAAAUGUUGUUAAUAUUGAGUGCAAGUCGCGUGAUGGUAUCAGCACAUACACAACUUCCCUGGACAUCGAAGCAUUAAAAAAUGGACGCACAGUAAGCGCUGAAAACAUUUUAAACAAUAAUAUUGCAGAAACAACAUACACUGUCCCAAAUGAUGACGGGAUGCUCUAUAUGGAUGAAAAGGACUAAUUUGUAAUGAUUCUUGGUUUACUUUGUCUGUUAAUAAGAAUAAUAUAAAAUUGGUGUUGCUCUUGAUUUACCAAAUCGAAUUCGACAGUCAAGAUAAUACAACAUCCAUAAAGUGCUACUUCUUGUGAUAUACUCUAUUUAAUGAUUGCUUAUUUGGAACACUGAAUAGUGUGUAUUAUUGAGAAAGAAACGAGAAACCAAAAAUAAUUUUACGGGUAUGUUACAUGUAUUUGAAUGAGAAUGGUUAGAGUAUAGAAAUAUAAAAUUGUAUCUAUGCAACAGAAAUAUAGGGAAACAAGAAUGUUCCGAUGAACAUAGAGAUAAGGUAUUACGGAGAUGACUUGUCUGUAACUACCAAUAUAUAUAUAUAUAUAGAUUACAAGCAAUUUCUUACUGUUGUUUGGACAUAUAUUGUCCGUAAUGUGACCAUCAAACAAUCAUUUUGUGUCUGUCUUUUUUGUAACAUGACAUUUUACAUAUUCUGAAAUAUUGAAGGUCAGUGUCAAAUAUAAAACGGAAUACCAAUUACACAAGGAGUGAUAGAGUCAUUAUUGGAGAAUAAUAUGCUGAAACUGAAACUGAAACGACUAUCUUUUUGAUAUCAAUUUAAUCAGAAGAGGUUAAAAUGGUCUGGAACUUGUGAGACGGGACCUACUGGGGUUUCCAAAGGUUACAUAAGUACUCUUUAGUUACAAUAAUAUAUGUCAUACAAUUGAUAUAUUUUCCAUUCGCUUUCGGAAUUUGGUAUACUUAUAAUUGUAUGUCUAUGUGUGUUUAACCUUAAAUUGUCAUUGUUACGAUAUUGUGCCUGCCGAUUAUCUUGACAAAAUGUUUUUGAACUAGGUAUUACAUAGAUUUGAUGAAUGUAAUAUGUCAACAGUAAUUUAAUAUAAUUGUAUAGUAUUUUGAUUGUACAAGCGUCGACCCUCCCCCUACAAUGUUGUUUCAUAUGUAUUCUUAAUUUUCAAAAAAAAACCCAGAAAAUCAUUAGUUGUUUGUAGAUCGG